AUGACAGUUUCAAAUAAUAAAAAAUUUGAAGAAAAUUAUGUAUUAGCAAGUGAUAUUGAAGAGAAAGAGAAAUUAUUGGGAACAUUGAUAGGUGGUAGUCCACAAUAUUUCUAUUAUAAUGUUAUUCAUUUAUUAAAUGUUGAUCCAACAUUAUCCGACAGUAAAAAUAGAGAAAAGUAUCAAAAGUUAAUGAAAGAUUGGUCACCAGAAUCAAAACCAAUACCAGUAACACCAUAUGGAGGAAAUAACAAUUACGAAUCCACUCAACAAUAUAAAUCAGUUGAUCUUAGACAAAAAUUAUUAUCUUUUAGACAAGAUAAUGUAAAUCCAUCAGCAUUAGCAAAUAAUGUAAAUGACAUGUUUGAAGAAUUAAGAUACCUCCUUAGUUUAACAUUUUCAUAUACUCAAACUACUCAUCAAACUUCACCAACCACAGAAACAACAACUACACCUUCAUCAUCAUCAUCAUCAUCACAUGACGAUAAAUCAGAAUCAACAUUAGAUGAAUCACUUGUAAAUAAAAAAACAGUAAUUGAAAGUAUUAUCAAUCAGUAUCCAUACAAGGUUGAUUAUAUUUCACCAAAUUCAUUCGAAUAUGUAUUAAAUAAUUUCACAUUACCAGAAUCUGCCGAGAAAUCGAUUGUACAAAAAUUAAAGUACCCAAUUGUACCAAAUGAUAAAUUACAACAAUUGUUAAGUCAUCAUAAGGGUUCAUUUGGUUCUUUGAAAAUUCAUGAAAAUUUAACAUUGGAACAAAUGGAGAAACACAUUGAAAAGAAUCCAGAGCAUUUAGAUUCAGCCUAUGUUAAACUUUAUUUAGAGAAAUUAUUACCAACCAAUGAAUUACAUGAUUGGGAAACUCUUAAACCAGUACAAGAACAAUUUUAUCAAUCUGCUUCAAAAUUUGUUUCAAAUCUUCCAACAUCUUUAAACACCUUCAAAUUAUUAAUCUAUCAUCAUUAUAUUAAAUUCCAAAUUUCUGAUAAUAAAUAUGAUCAAUCAAUAAUUGAAAAAUAUUUUCAAUUACCAAGAGAUACAUAUUAUUAUGUUGAACCAGAUAGAUUAAAAUCAAAUCCACAAUUAUCAAAAUUUAAUGAUUCUUUUAAUGGUUUAAAAUCUGUAUCACAAGAUGAUGAUGAAAAAUUAAUUUCAUUUUUAUUAAAAAAAUUAUUUUUAAAAGAAAAUAGUAUUAAAUCAUAUCAAAGUUAUUUUAGACCAAAUUAUUUAAAUUUAAUAUUAGCAGAGAGUAAAUUAUUAUCAAAUGAUAGUUCACCAGAGAAAUGGAUUGAAAUGAUUGAUAAUCAUACAAAGGUACAAGAGUUGAAAGAUCGUGUUGAUAUUGAAUUCUUACCAACCAAUAGAGAAUAUUAUCAUCCAGAUGAUGAUGUAGUCAUUGAAUGUGCAAUUAAAAAUGUAAAUACUCUUUUGGUAAAAGUAUUUGAAAUUUCAACAUUCAAUUAUUAUAAGAGUGAAAAUAAGAAAAUCGAUUCAAAUAUUAACUUGGAUGGUUUAAUUGCAAGUCAAGAGUUGUCAUUUGAUUAUUCAGAGCAAGCACCAAUUGAAAAGGUUGAAAAGAAAUUCGAUUUUCCAAAUCUUAAAGGAAAGAGAGGUAUUUUCGUAAUUGAAUUCAUUGGUAAUGGUAAGAGUAGUAGAUCAAUGAUUCAAAAGGGUGACCUUCAUUUCAUUGUUGAAACCUCACCAAUUGGUCAAGUCAUUAAAAUCAUUGAUCAAGAUUCAAUCAAAGUUCAAAAGAGUUCAGUUUACAUCGAUGGAAAUGCCUACAAUAGCAAUGAUGAUGGUGAUAUUAAAAUACCAUUCUCUUCAUCUACCUCACAAAAGAGUAUCAUUCUAAUGGCAAAGAUUGGUGAUUCCGAUGUAUUUGCUUCAUUAAAGAAAUUCACUCAUCAAUCGGAACAUUACUCUUUAAGUGGUGGUAUUUUCGUUGAAAACUCAAGUUUACUUCAAAAUGAAAAGGCUCCAAUCGUUGUAAGAGUUAAAUUGUUCUUGGGUGAUACUCAAAUCUCAAACAAUUAUCUCGAGGAACCAUCUCUCACCAUUACAAGUUCUGAUAAUUCUGAAUCACCAGUUGUAAACUCAAAGGAAAUUAAACCAUUUGCUCUAUUCGAUAAUAAAGAAUCUGUAUAUCAAUAUAAAGUUCAAGAAGGUUUAAAUAGUUUGACUGUUCGUUUCGAAGCUAAAGUUCGUGCUCUUAGUAGAAAUAAUAAUCAAGAGACUCUUUCAUUUGAAUCCACUUUCCAAGUUAAUACUAUCAAUCAAACUGAUCAAAUCUCUGAAUUCUAUUUAGAACGUUGUCUAGCUAAAGAUGGGUGUUCAUUAGGUUAUCAACUUUGUCAUCUUGGUAAAGGUGGUGAUCCAUUCUCUCAUUUGGAUGUCUCAAUGGAUUUCCAACAUUGGUUAACCUCUGAAAGAAUUUAUACCACUUUGAAAACCGAUAAAAAUGGUAAAAUUCAUUUAGGUUCUUUGGCUGAUAUCGAACAAUUAAAUGUAAAUGGUUCCUAUGCAACCUUUAAUUUCCCAAUUAAAAGACAACAACAAUUCACUUAUCCAUCUCAAAUUAACAUUAAAUUGGGUGAAACCAUUCGUUUACCAUAUCUUGGUAAUGAAAAAUCAGUUUCACAUUCACAAAUCAACUUUUUCCAAUUGGGUGGUGUUGAUGAUAGAAAUUUCGUUGUUCAUGACCUUUUAAAGAAAUCUGUAACAAUUGAAAAUAAAAAUGAAUUACUUAUCAAUGGUUUAGGUGUUGGUAGAUAUUUAUUGAUUUUAGCAGGUUCAAUUCAAUCAAGUAAUACAGUUGAGAUUUUAAUUGAUGUUGUCGAUGGUCAAUUUAGAGAAGGUUAUUUAGUUGGUCCAUCAAGAAUUGUUUCAUACAAUGAAUCAAAUGUAAAAUCUUUAUUCUUUGAUACAAACAUUGAUACUAAACAUAAUCAACUUCAAGUUAAAUUUAAGAAUCAUAGCCCUUCAACUAGAGUUCACGUUUUUUCAAGUUACUUUGAACCAACAAAUUCUUUAAAUUCAAGUUUAUCUUUAUCACGUGGUACUUCUCAAUCUUAUCAAGAAUAUAGCGUUAAACCAAAAUCAUUAUAUUUCAAUGGUAGAUCAUUAGGUGAUGAAGUUAAUUACAUUUUAAAUAGAAAAACUAGUAAAAAACUAUUACCUGGUAAUUCAUUAAAGAAACCAAGUCUAUUGGUUCAACCAUGGUCAAUUGGUAAAACUACAAACUCUACAAACACACUCAAACAAGCAAGUAAAUACAAUGAAUCUGAAGUAAAGGAUGAAAAAUCAAUGAGAAAUAGACAAGUUGAAAAGAGAAGAGUUUCUUCAACAAAUCGUUCACCAUUUUUAGAGUUUCUUUCACAUCCAUCAAUUUUACUUUUAAAUCUUGAACCAUCAUCAACUGAUGGUAUAGUAAAUAUUGAUCUCUCUCAAUUAGUAGAAGCUGGUUCAACAAUUCAUAUCCAUGCCGUUGAUAAUGAUUCUAUCUUUACAAAAGAGAUUGUUAUUUCUGAUCCAUCAUCAUCAUCAUCGAUUAAUCAUUUCAAAGAUACUAAAUUAGUUAGACCAUUGGAUUCAUCUUUACAUUAUAAAGAAGAGAAAUUAAUUACAACUGUUGAACCAAAUUCACCAUUUGAAAUCUUAAAUGUAAACUCUUCAAAAUAUACAGUAUACGAUAGUUUAGAUAAAGUUUUAUCUUUAAUGAAAACUUUGAAUAAGAGUUAUCUUCAAGAUUUUUCUUUCAUUGCAGAAUGGGAAUCAUUAUCAUUUGAAAAGAAGAAAGAGAAAUUCUCAAAGUUCACUUGCCAUGAAUUAAACUUUUUCAUCUAUAAAAAGGAUAAGGAAUUCUUUGAUCAAGUUGUAUUACCAUUGGUUCAAACUAAAGGUUAUAAAACAUUCAUUGAUCAUUAUUUAUGUGCCGAUAGAAAGAAAUUGGAAAUAUUUGUUAUCGAUUCAAAUAGAUUCAACACUUUAAAUGCUUUGGAAAUGGUUUUAUUAGGUGAGCUAUUCCCAGAACAUUCAGAUUCAAUUUCAAAUCUUUUGAAACAAAAAGUUGGCUUCUCUCCAAUUUCACCAUCUCAAUAUGAUACAAAUUUCAAGAUCGCUUUAAAUCAAUUAGAUACUGAUAUUGAAAGUUUAAAGAGUGGUGAUGAUGAUCUUUAUGAUGAUGGUAGUAAUUUAGAACCAAUGAGUGUUGGAGGUGGUGGUGGUUUCGGCUACAAUAACAAUAGCAACAAUAACAAUAAUACUACUAAUAGCAAUUCUUUUGGUGAUGCUAAGAGAGCUCCAAUGAAAAAGAAAAUGGUAAAUAAAGAAUCAACAAGUUUAAUGAUGGAUUGUGCUGCACCAAUGAUGAUGAUGGCUUCAGCACCUUGUCCAGCACCUGGAGCAGUUCCAAUGGCAGCAUUGAGAUCAGCCAGAUUGGCAUCAGCAUCACCAGCACCACCAGCUCCAAUUACUCGUGCCUAUGAAGCAGCACAAAUCUAUCAACCAAUUGAAAAAACUGAAGAAUUAGCAGAAACUUACUAUUAUAAACAAUUGAAUCCACAUUCGUCAUUGAUUCCAGUCAAUGAAUUUUGGUUAGACUAUGCAAAUCAUAUCAAGAGCCAAAGCAAAACACCAUUUGUUAGUAAAUACAUUGCAUUCAUUAGUUCAUCAUUUGCUGAAUCAAUGAUGGCUCUUUCAGUAUUGGAUUUCCCAUUCACUGUAAAGGAUAAUACCACUCAAGUUAGACCAAAGAAUGGAAAAUUAUCAAUGAAACCAACUACACCAAUCGUUGUUUUCCAUCAAGAGUUGGUAUCUGGAAGCAUUGAAAAACAAUCUGAUAUUUUGGUAACUCAACAUUUCUUUGAUCCACAAAAUCAAUUCACCUAUAUAGAUGGUGAACAAGAGGAACUCUAUAUCAAUGACCAAUUCCUUGUCUCAAAGGUUUAUGGUGCAAUGGUUGUAAUUGCAAAUCUUUCUUCAAAACAAAAGAAAUUGGAUGCCCUUUUAGAGAUUCCAAAGGGUUCAAUUGCUGUUGGUCCAUCACCAUUUGUAACACGUUCUAAAUCUGUUAAUCUAUCUGCAUAUAGUACCACUCGUUUACAAUAUUAUUUCUAUUUCCCAGAAGCUGGUAAAUUCCCACAUUUCCCUGCUCACGUUUCAGAGAAACAAAAUAUUAUUGCCAAUGUUACACCAUUCACCUUUAGUGUAGUUUUAAAACCAUCUAUUGUCAAUCAUUUAUCAUGGGAAUACAUUGCAAAUCAAGGUACAUUGGAAUCAAUCUUGGAAUAUUUAUCAAAGAACAAUUUGUAUCGUGUUGAUUUCUAUCAUCUCUAUCAUAGAUAUACCGAUAAGAAAGUUUGGGAUAAAGUAAUUGAACUCUUAAAGAAAUUGAAAUUCUAUGAAUCUAUCACUUGGUCAUUCUCUAUUCAUCAUAAGAAUUUCGUUUACUUGAAAGAUUACCUCUCUGAACAAAUUCAUUCCUUAUCAAUGAAAUCAAUCGAUGCACCAUCCAUUUAUGUUGAUCCAUUUGAAAAUAACUUCAUCAAAUUCUUGGAAUACUCUCCAUUGGUUAAUUCAAGAACUCAUCAAAUUGGUGAUGAAAGAAAGAUUCUUAAUAAUAAAUUAUCAAAUCAAUAUUAUGAAUUCUGUAGUUUACUUUCAUUGAAAUUAAAUCCAUCCGAUACUGAAUUACUUUCUUUAGCUUAUUAUUUAUUACUUCAAGAUAGAUUUGAUGAAUCAAUUAAAAUUAUGAAGAGAAUUGGUAAACAUCCAGUUUCAAUUCCAAAAUUAAUUUCUUCUUCAACCACUACUGAUUCAAAAUCAACUCAUUCAUCAGUAAUUUCUUCUUCUUCCUCUUCAAAUUUAUCAACCACUACUGAUAGUUCAAAAGAUAAAAAGAAACUUGAAAAAGAAGAAAAACAAAGAGAAAAAGAAAGAAAACAAAAAGAAAAAGAAGAUAAAAAGAGAGAAAAAGAAGAAUUAAAGAAAAAAGAAAAAGAAGAAAAGAAAAAGAAAGAAGAAGAAAAGAAAUUGAAAAAGAAAUCUGGUUCUGAAGCAACUUCUCCAUCAGUUGAUCCAGCUACUCCAACAACAACAACAACAACCGAAGCUACUACUACCACUACUACUACCACUGCAACCUCUCAAGAAUCAAUUAAACCAGAGAAAAUUGCAAGUGACGAUGAACAUGAUGAUCAUCAUCAUGAUGAACAUGAUGAAGAAGAUGAUGACGAUGAACCAUUAAUUGAUAUGUCAGAAUUUAAUCAACCAAGUUGUUUACCAGAAAUGAAAGUUCAAUAUGAUUACUUAUUAUCCUAUUUAGACUUCUUUAAUCCAAAUCCAACAGUUGCUGCAGAGAAUAGCAAGAAAUAUGAAAACUAUCCAGUUCAACGUUGGAAUUCAUUAUUUAAAGAUUUAAGAAACAAAGUUGAUCAAGUUUCCAAUAAAGAUUCCGUUGAAAUUGAUUAUGAAAAAGAAAUUGAUAGAGAAAGAAGACAAAAUAAAAUGGCCUCAAAUGAACCAACUUUUGAUAUUUCCUCUGAAUCAAAUAGAACAAUCUCUGUCAACUAUAGUAAUUUGGUUGAUAUUACCGUUAGUUACUAUGUAAUGGAUAUUGAACAUCUUUUCUCAACCAAUCCAUUCGUUCAACAAGAAUUGGGUCACUUCCUUUAUGUUACUCCAAAUAAGAAGGAAUCAUUCUUACUCAAAGAUAAAUCUGGUACCUUUAACUUUAAGAUUCCAAAUGAAUUUGCCAAUAGCAAUGUUGUUAUUGAUGUAGUUUCAGCUCAAAUUCAUCACAAUAUUACCGUUUACUCCAAUAAUCUUGCCGUAUAUAUCACUGAAAAGGUUGGUCAACUCAGAGUUGUUCAUAAACAAAAAUCUCAACCAAUCUCAAAGACCUAUAUCAAAGUUUAUAGUAAAAACAAAAAUGGUUCAGUUGAAUUCUUUAAAGAUGGUUACACAGAUAUUGCUGGUUACUUUGAUUAUUCAACAGUUUCAUCUUUAGAUAUUUCAAAUGUUUCUAAAUUAUCAAUUCUUGUUCUUAGUAAUCAAUAUGGUGCUGUAAUCAAAGAAGCUAAACCACCAGGUUUUUAA